AUGUUCGUGCUCGGAGCAAUAUUGUACGGGCUGCGAGCGGUGAUUCUCGGCGUCACUUACUUGCCACCGUCUUUUCAUAAUAGGGACCAAAUCUGCCAACCGCAAGUGAAUCGAACAGCGUUGAGCGGUAUGGAAAUUGCCACGAGAUUUCUGACCUACGUGGUGACGCUCGGGCUCACCUCCGGGCAGGACAAGAUCCUCUGCGGAGAUCUGAUGUUCAGCGGGCAUACCGUGGUGCUGACGAUUAUGUACUUUGUGCAGCUACAGUAUACCCCUCGGGGACUCGUCAUUCUGAGGUAUAUCGCGGCUCCCAUCACAUUCUUGGGGAUUGCCGCCCUGGUGGUGUCAGGCGGUCACUACACGAUGGACGUGUUGAUAGCGUACUGGUUGACGUCGCACGUCUUCUGGGGCUACCACCAGAUGUUCGAGCUGCCCAAGGAGAAGCGCCCGCAUGCCCCGAUGAGCCGGUUAUGGUGGUUCUGGAUGUGCAACUGGCUAGAAAGUGACGUCCCGGAUGGUCCCUUAGAAAACAUCAACAACUGGGUCGAGAAGACGCAAGACGGAAACGGACUGUUUGACAAGUUUCAUGAGAAAAACUUUGCGCGACCUGUCAACAACGGGCCAUUUGAAAAGGACAUGGAUAUGGGCAUUGCCGACGACUUCAUGCCGGCCUACAUCGUGAGGGCCAUCAGGGUGGACAAAGCGGAAAUGCCAUGCAAUCAACAGGGAAUAUCAGCCCCGCAAGUUGGCGGUCACGUCCGCAAGCUGGAAUGGCUUGACACGCGCAAAAGGGGCUCUAUGGAGUCGACACAACUGCAAGGUGACCUUCCGGCUCCAUGCCAAUCGGAUGAUCCACAUCUACGUCUACUUUCAGUGUCCAGGUUAUGCCAAGAGGGUACUGCUGGACGACCUUAUUUCCUGAUCCCAAGGACGGGGAACGACCCGACCCUUACGAAG